UCGUUUUAUUUUCGUCGUCAGAUGAGAAGGGACACAAGAAGAGUCCAUUUCGCUCAGCGUCUCUAGUGAGGGAUUGAUACCAAACAACACAAUACCUAUCUCCUCUUUGAUCUAAACGGAAUAUUACCCCAAAACUUUCACAAUUCAGUUCCUGGUGUUGGCAGGUAGUUUUGGAGGUCAAUAAAAAGUUCAGGAGUACAAUCUGCUGCUGUAGCAUUAAUGGAGCAAAGUGUUGCUAUCGAGGAGAAUGAGGAUUCACGGAAUGGCCUUGAGAUGGUGAAAUCUGCCUCUGAUAAGCAUAUCGAUCUUCUCAGGCCAUCUGCUCGAUACUAUUCAGCGUCUAGAGCUGAAGGCACUGUCGUAAUGGUAGGGCAAGCUUCAGAUGGUGCAGACCGUGAAAAGGGAAAGUAUAUCCUUCUAAGGGAUCCCGAGGACAUCCAAGUUGGGAUUUAUGACAAACCCCUUCCAUGCUUUGGCUGCGGUGUAGGAUGGUUUUCUUUUCUUUUAGGAUUUGUGUUCCCAUUGAUGUGGUACUAUGCCACAAUACUUUACUUUGGUAAUUAUUACCGAAAAGAUCCUAGGGAGCGAGCAGGCCUUGCUGCAGCUGCCAUUGCUGCAAUGGCGUGUUCUGUUGUGUUGUUGGUCAUAGUAGUUUGCUAUAUUCUCUUAUAGCCCAGCACUUCCUUGCGAGUGUGCUCUUAACAUGUAAAUGUCGAAACCAGACACUCAGUUGAAGAAAGUGCCAAUGCAAAUGUAGAUAAGAAAGUUCUGGUGGAAGAGCACAAAGAAUAUGCUAUUACAAGCUCAUUCUUCAACAAUUGCAGAUACCUACACUUCAGAAACGUAUACAAAAACUUGAAACUUCUUUCAUUAUGUUAUGAUGUACCUAUGGUUUUGUGUGGUUAGGGACCAUUGUCAACUAGCAUAAUAUUUACACAAGUGUUUACGAAUUUACUGUAGAUGUUUGAGGCUUUGUUUGUAUGUGAGGAAAUCUUAUGGGUUCAAUCAAGUAGAUUUAUAUGUGGACA